AUGAUGGAUGUGGAACGUUCGAGGCAUUCGAUGCAUCCGGGUUCUAGUGGCUCAGGACUUAGACACUCACCAAGGGAGACAGCAGUGCUAAUAGCAACAGCUGGUAAUGGAUACCCAAAGAAAUCACCGUCGAUGCCCAACUUCCAUGAGAAGCCAUUCACAAGUACUAAUGCUAGUGAGCCGAUAUUGAACUCUAAUGGAUUGCCUGUCAGCAGCGAGUAUGUGGCUGAUAAUUCUGGAGUGCAAUCGUUGACAGACGGGGAUGCUAGUUUAAGUGUAAUUGAGAUGUAUGGAGAUGAAGUUGAAUCACGAAGACCUGAGAAUGAAGACGGGGGCAAUUUGGAAGGUGAUGAGGAUGCUGAUAGUGAUGAACUGGAAUUACCAACUUCUGGUAUGCCACCGACAGGUUCGGCUAUGCCGAAUUCUGAUUAUUUUGAUAGAUAUGGCUUCAAAAAACAGAGCAAUCUUAUUACAGAACAAGACUAUGAUGAAUGGUGGGAAAAUUAUUCACAAUAUUGCAUUAGAAGAAAACACAAAUGGAAAAUUCUUAUGGAGAAAAGUGGAUUACCGAUGGAUAAUGAUUCGCCGAAUCGUUUCCCCAGUAGAAGUGAGAAAUUGAAAAGGUAUGUGAGGAAAGGUAUUCCAGCAGAAUGGAGAGGUAAUGCUUGGUGGUAUUUUGCAAGAGGUCAAGAGAAAUUGAACAAAAACAAGGGGAUUUAUGAUAAAUUGCUACUAAAGAUGGAUGAUUUAUUAAAAUCAAAAACCAAAUCAAUGCCAGACCUUGAUAUUAUUGAACGUGAUUUAAAUAGAACCUUCCCUGAUAAUAUCCAUUUUCAAAAGGAAACAUUCCAAAUCGAUGAUCCGCCAAUGAUUAAAUCAUUACGCCGUGUCCUUGUGGCAUUCUCCCUCUAUAACCCUAAGAUCGGUUAUUGUCAAUCGAUGAAUUUUCUCGCAGGUUUACUUUUACUUUUCAUGGAUGAAGAAAGAGCAUUUUGGAUGCUGGUCAUCAUCACAUCAAGAUAUUUGCCCGGGGUUCACAACAUCAACUUGGAGGGUGUUAAUGUGGAUCAAGGUGUUCUCAUGCUUUGUAUCAAGGAAUAUUUACCAGAAAUUUGGCAAUACAUCAUGCCACAGACUUCAUCCAAACAUUUUUCAUUGAACAAUGGAACUUCUUUAUUAGGCGGUAAUGAUUUUUUAUACAAAUUACCACCAAUUACAUUGUGUACAGCAAGUUGGUUUAUGAGUUGCUUCGUGGGCGUAUUACCAAUUGAAGGUACUUUAAGGAUUUGGGAUUGUCUCUUUUAUGAAGAGUCACAUUUUCUUUUCAAAAUUUCAUUGGCUAUCUUUAAAUUAUGUGAACCUGAAUUAAUUAAAUUAAAACCAUUGAGGAAUGGAAUUGGUAAAAAUCCCAUUCGCGGACAAAGAGGCUCACAAAUGAGUAAUGGUGAAAGUGAAAUGGAAGUUUUCCAAAUUGUGCAGACUUUCCCCAAGCAAUUGAUAAAUCCAAAUGAACUUUUUGAUAGAGUAAUUUUCAAAAGAAGAUUCUCGUUGAACAAACUGGAUCAAGAUGAAGUGGAUCGUUGUAGAAAGUACGUCUCUUCUCAAAGAUUAAAAUACAAACAUUAUAGUGAGAUUAUGGGUACGGGUCAUCGUAAUAAUAACAACAAUAGCAAUAAUAAUUCAAAUGACAUCGGCAUUGCAUCGUCAUCAUCAAAUUCGGCUGAUGGUGAGAAGAUGGCGGGAGAUAUCAUUAAUGAUGCUCUUUCAUCUGAAGUUUACGGUUUUAAAAAGGGACUUGGUGGUGUUCAUUGGAACAAUAGUAUAAAAGCCAAAGUGAAGCAAAUGAGGAAGAAGAAAGGUUGA